GGGGGAGGAGCGCGCGGGAGGGGGCGGAGCGCGCAGGUGACGGACGCUGGUGGAGUGCUGGGCGGUCCGACUGUCUCUGACUGGCUGCCCUGGGCGUCUGGGCCGCGAGGGUCGGACUGCUUGUCCCGCCGGGCAAGUUGCCCCUCUGUAGCUAUAGCAUGUCCCCCCAGACCCGGGAACCGCGAGCCAGGCUUGCUUAGUGAAGACUCAGCCUCCCAGUGCUUGGACCACGGGCGUCCUAGCCCGCGCCUCUGCCACUGGAGAACGACCGGGCUGAGCAGCUGGGAGAAGCAGGCCCGGAGCCUUCUAGAGCGUCGGGCCAGGGGACCCAAGGAGGAUGAGCUGGCUCUUUCCCUUAACCAAGAGCGCCUCCGCAGCUGGGUCCCCCGGUGGUCUCACCAGCCUCCAACAGCAGAAGCAGCGCUUGAUCGAGUCCCUCCGGAACUCACACUCCAGUAUAGCUGAAAUACAGAAAGAUGUGGAAUACAGAUUGCCAUUCACUGUAAACAAUCUGACAAUUAACAUUAAUAUAUUGCUUCCUCCACAAUUUCCUCAGGAAAAACCAGUGAUCAGUGUUUAUCCACCAAUCCGACAUCACUUAAUGGAUAAACAAGGAGUAUAUGUUACUUCUCCAUUAGUAAGCAAUUUUACAAUGCACUCAGAUCUUGGAAAAAUUAUUCAGAGUUUAUUGGAUGAGUUCUGGAAGAAUCCUCCAGUUUUAGCUCCUACUUCAACAGCAUUUCCAUACCUGUACAGUAACCCGGGUGGGAUGCCUCCUUAUACUUCUCAGGGUUUCCCAUUUCUUCCUCCAUAUCCUCCACAAGAAGCUAACAGGAAUGUCACUUCUUUGUCUGUUGCCGACACUGUUUCUUCUUCAACAACAAGUUACACCACUGCCAAGCCUGCUGCUCCUUCAUUUGGUGUCCUUUCAAGUCUGCCAUUACCAGUCCCCACAACAGAAACUUCAGCACUGAUAAGCCAAAAUGGUUUUGGUUACAAGAUGCCAGAUGUCCCUGACGCCUUUCCAGAACUCUCAGAACUAAGCGUGUCACAACUCUCAGAUAUGAAUGAACAAGAGGAGGUAUUACUAGAACAGUUUCUGACUUUGCCUCAACUAAAACAAAUUAUAACUGACAAGGAUGACUUAGUAAAAAGUAUUGAGGAAUUAGCAAGAAAAAAUCUCCUUUUGGAGCCCAGCUUGGAAGCCAAAAGGCAAACUGUUUUAGAUAAGUAUGAAUUACUUACACAAAUGAAAUCUACUUUUGAAAAGAAGAUGCAAAGGCAGCAUGAAUUAAGUGAGAGCUGUAGUGCAAGUGCCCUACAGGCAAGAUUGAAAGUAGCUGCACAUGAAGCUGAGGAGGAAUCUGAUAAUAUUGCUGAAGAUUUCUUGGAAGGAAAAACUGAAAUAGAUGAUUUUCUCAGUAGCUUCAUGGAAAAGAGAACAAUUUGCCACUGUAGAAGAGCCAAGGAAGAGAAACUUCAACAGGUGAUAGCAAUGCACAGCCAAUUUCAUGCUCCACUAUAGAUUUUUCUGAAAAUGUGAAUUGCCAAGAAAGAAAUGGGACACAAAACUAAGCACAUUGUUUUUUAUAUUUAUGAUUUGUAAAUUGGCAUUUCAUUACAAUGGCUGAAUUCACAGAUGUACUCUAUAGAUUGUAUACAGAACUGAGACUGAUUUUUGUAUAGAUUAGAAUGACUGCUAUGAUCUUUGCUUUCAAAUUUUUCUGCACUAUUUGCACUAAAAAAUGUUUAUUUAUUAUUGAUAAAUCCUAUAUUUAAGUUCCAGUGCUAUUCGUCUUAUUAUUGAUUAAAUGACUAUGCAUGUAAUUUUAGCUAGUUUUUAAUAUUUUAUGAAAACUACUUAAAUUUAUACUUUUAAUUUGAAGCUGCCUCAUUUCUUUUUCAAGAAUGGUAUGUUAUUUAGAUUAUUUUCUUCACAAACAUUUUUGAAAAACUAUUUUCAACUAUGGAAAAACACCCUUUCACUUUUUCCCCCCUUUCUUUCUGUGUGUCAGGAAAUACCAAACCUGCCAAUGUGCCAUCUCAAGAAAGUAAAUUUUAACACCUACAAUAAAUCAAAAGAAUAAACCAGCUGCUCUUUUAUAUUGUUUUAUUUUUGAAACUAAAAUGCACUU